UCCGCCUCCUUUCUUCUCCUGUCGGUUAUUUUUCUCUCUAUUUCUUUUUUUUGUCCUACUGACCGUGUGAUGUCGAGUUCGCCGGCGUCGUCGCCGUCGGAAGGAGGAGGAGCCGGCGGUGAGGAGGAGAGAGGAGACGGCGGAGACGAGGAGAUAGUAGGAGGUCCGUCCGAUCGACCCCCUCGUCGGUCCGGCGAUCCGUCCUCCACACGGCGGAGGUCGGCCGACGCGGUCUGGCCGGAGCACUUCGUUGAGUCCGUCGCCGUCCGGGUGGCCGUCGAUGCCGCUCGCUCCGACGGGAGGCUUGCCGCCGGCCCUGCGAUGGCCGCCAUCUUCCAGGUGUGUUCGACGUGGCGAGCGGUUUCCCGCUCAGAGCUACUGUGGGAAGAUGCUACUCGUGGAGUCUGGUACCGCCGCUGGUCCCUCCUUCCCACCUGGCACGAGGAGUUCGUCCGUCUCCACCGGACUGCGCGCAACUUCCGCACCCGCCGCUCAGCCCACUCCCACCUUCUCCCCGCCGCUUCUCCCGCCCUCUCCUGCCGCCGCCUUGCCCUCUCGGACCGCUACCUUGCUGCCGGCUUCCUGGACGGCUCCAUCCGCCUCUUCGAGCUUCCGUCCGGUCUCCAUCUUACCACCUACAGGACCCAUCCACAGCGCGAUCGUCUCGGCCCCUUCUCCCAGUCCAUCUCCGGCCUUAUCCUGCUCUCUGAUCCCAGCCGCCUCGUCUUUGCGUGUCAGGAUGGUGACCUAUACGUUGCACCCCUUGAUGAUCCCGUCUCCGGCUCCACUCGCCGGGCACAUGUCGGGAACCUCAUGGAGGACGGCACCUUGGUUGACUUCGCCGGCGACAGCCGCUGGUGGGUGGGCCUGUUUGCAGGCCUUGCCGGACGAUCAUGGCACGUGUGGGAUGCCGAGACGGAGCAGCUGGUGUACGAAGGUGGGUCGCUGACGGAUCCCGACUCGGUUCUGGGGUGGCGAAUGCUCACUGAUUUGGAUGGCCCGACGGUGGGCCGGGUGAGGACACCUGAACCAGGAGCCAUGGUGGCGUGCACCAGCUCACGUCUCCAGGUCGUGGAUCUUGAUGACCCUGGAGAGGUUUCGAACCAAGUGGAGUUCCGGCGCAGGGCAGUGGUGGAGUCAGUGGAUGCCUGUGAUGGACGGGUGAUGGUGGUGGACCUGCGAGGGCUGGCGAGGGUGCUCCGGGCACGGACAUUAGCAGAGGUGUGUAGGUUUAGCACUGUGGUGAGGCUGGAGGGCCAUCCGCAGCAAAGAGUGCAAGGUAUGGUAGGAUGCAUGAACUGGGGCUAUGCAGUGGUGUGUUCUGUUGGCAGUUUGAGAGUGUGGGAUGCAUCUACUGGGGAGUAUCUGUACAGCUUUAGGGAGAGGGUAGGGGAUGUCACCGUUGUUGCCGCGAGUGAUCGGUAUGUGGCAGCGUGGGUUAAUGACACUGGGUUGCACUUGUGGGACUAUGGGGCCUUGUAGGGGGAAUGCUAACGGAAAAGGGUUUAGAGAUGUACGUGAGAAGGUAGCAAUAGGAAAAGUGGGAACGAACGGAAGUAGAGAAGAUGUAGAGGGUGUGCUAGGUCUGCUUCGUGGGCUAAUCAACGGGAAGUUGCUGUACACUUAUCCAUGUAAAUUUUUGAGGGUACUUUUCCUUUUCGAAAGGAAAUUCUUAUAAGGGAAUGAUAUCUGUUGUAGGAUGGAAACAUUUUUAGACACCAGAAGAAAAAGAGAUGGUGUAAGCAUGGGCGCCCAUUUGUUCUUACAGAACUUGCUUGGUGGAUCAUUGGCGUCAAUAUGGAAUUUCUCGUUAAAAGCUGAAUGUGUGCGAUACUUUGUUUCUCUUGACAUUUCCUGUUUGCAUAGUGGGUAAGUUGAGAGUCAUACAGCUUCAUUAGCAUGAAUUCUUCUAACUUACAAUUCAGCAAGUGCGAGAUUAUGCAAAAUAAUCUUUAUAGGGUAGACUCAUUGAUCCAUGGAUUGGUUCAUUCAUAUUAAAGUAUUGCCAAACGGGGGCUAAAACUUUCAAUCAUAUUUUAUGAUAUGUUUGAAGAAUUUAUAAAAUUUCACCAUUUCUGCAACAGAUGGAAGUAUUU